GACAAUAAUCGUGUUCAUACUAACAUUGCAAUCAACAUUUAUUUGGAUACCAUGAUCCUCGCAGCGAAACUGAUGGUGAUGGGAGUGUUGGUGGCGAUGGCCUCAUCAGCUCCAGCAGGUGACAACUCAACUCCUCCUCCGAUAGUAAUCGUGAGACAGAGCCAGGACGGACCAAAUCCGGACGGCUCGUACUCCUACAGCUACGAAACGUCAAACGGAAUAAAUGUCCAGGAGCAGGGCUCCCAGCAGCCGUCGUCCAAUCCCGACAGCGAGUACAAAGAGGCAAAUACCGUUCACGGUAGCUACACCUAUCCCGACGAAAACGGCAAUCUCAUCCAGGUGACCUACACAGCCGGUGAGAAUGGCUUCCAACCCGAGGGUGCACACCUACCGGUCGCACCAGCUGUACCAGAAGCCAUCCUCAAGGCCCUCGAGUGGAUCGCCGCACACCCAGAGGAAGAUAAACUACAGUAACAAUUCACAUUAGAUACACAACAAUAUCGACAAUUGCUCAAGCUGCACAUAUUAUUUUUCUUGCCUACCUGCAAGACCCUGUGUUCAUGUUAUUUAACGCCUGAUACAUAUCUUUAUCAGUACAUAAAGAGACAUUUACCAACUUGAA